AUGCCAAAAAAAUCAACAAAAAUCGCCACAGUAAUGACACCACCACCACCUCCAACUCCAACUCCAGCUCCAGCCAGCAACCGUGCCUCACGUCGUGAGGUCGAGCUGUGCGAGAGGGAACGCGGCAAGCUGCAAGCCAAGUUCGGAGCAGAUGCUACUGCCGAGGUCGUCGAGGAUGCACUUUUGGCUUGGGAGAGGAAGAGAAAGCGGCUGGUAGACAAGAGGAAGUCGAAGCUGAUCGAGAGGAAGGCCAACUUGGGUAUCAAAAAGAAGGACUCGAGUAUUGAGAAGAAUAAGAAAAAGAACAAGGAAUAG